AUUAAUUGUCAAUACAAUUUAAUUCUAUCAUCAAUAAAUUUUAUAAUAAUUAAAUUUUUUAUAUGAGAGUUUAACAUAAUGUAAAGGAAAAAAAAAAAAAAACAGAGAGAAGCUAGUAUUAAAGGUCAACAAUAGCCAAAUUUUCUCAGUGCUUCCACUUUCUGGAGGCCUUCCACCAUAUAUUUACUUUUCUUCGGCGAAGUUUGAAGAUGCAGCGGAUUAGAUUUGACAAGAGCGAACCAAAAGAACGCAAGAGUCACUGAAGCUGAAAUAACUUGCUAAACAUUUCACUUUCAUCGUAGCAUCAAUGGCGGAUCAGAGGAAGGAUGGUCUUCUAACCUAUAGUUACCUUCUCCUCUACAUUGCUCUCUCCAGCGGCCAAAUCUUCUUUAAUAAGUGGGUUUUGUCCUCUAAGGAAAUAAAUUUUCCUUAUCCUCUGGCAUUGACUCUACUUCAUAUGGUCUUCUCCUCUGUUCUGUGUUUUGUAUUAACCAAAAUUCUAAAGGUUAUGAAGGUUGAGGAGGGAAUGACUACUGAAAUAUAUGUUACGUCAGUUGUGCCAAUUGGGGCUAUGUUUGCGAUGACUCUCUGGCUGGGAAAUACUGCCUAUCUGUAUAUUUCGGUAUCAUUUGCCCAAAUGUUGAAGGCAAUCAUGCCUGUAGCUGUUUUUGUCCUUGGAGUAGCUGUAGGACUUGAGGUGAUGAGCUGCAGAAUGCUUGUAAUCAUGUCAGUGAUUAGUUUUGGUGUUUUAGUGGCUUCUUAUGGAGAGAUAAAUAUAAACUGGGUUGGAGUAAUUUACCAAAUGGGUGGUGUUGUUGGUGAAGCUCUAAGACUUAUCUUCAUGGAAAUUUUCGUGAAGAGAAAGGGUCUGAAGUUGAAUCCCAUCUCUGUUAUGUAUUACGUUAGUCCUUGCAGUGCACUUUGCCUAUUCAUUCCAUGGGUUUUUUUAGAGAAAACGAAGAUGGAAGAACAUGGAUCAUGGAACUUCCCACCUACCGUGCUAAUCCUCAACUGUCUUUGUACUUUUGCUCUUAAUUUAUCAGUUUUCCUUGUGAUUACACACACAAGUGCUUUGACCAUUCGUGUUGCUGGAGUUGUCAAGGAUUGGGUGGUGGUCUUACUCUCUGCUGUUCUGUUUGCUGAUACAAAAUUGACUAUCAUAAAUUUGUUUGGCUAUGCAAUUGCCAUUGUAGGAGUUGCAGCGUAUAACAAUCACAAGUUAAAAAAGGAAGCUACGCGAGAUACUUCAAAUGAUACUGAACUUGCUGAAUCUUCUCCUGGGCAGAAUCUUCGGUUUUCAAACAAGUAAAUAUGUACUUAUUCUCAAGUGUCCAUUCUCGUUACUGAUACACAUAGAUGAUGAAGACAGUUCUCUCCUGUCAUCACUAGAGGGCAUUGUAUUUUCAUCUGUUGACUUUUGUCUAAGCAGGCAUGGAUACGGAUUUCUGCCUUUUAGUCUGUUGUUACUGAUUCUAGACAGGGAAAAGUAACAUGCAGGUCAAAUGUAAUGUAUGAAGAUUACAGUUAGUGGCUCAACAUGAGAAAAAAGGUGCUUAGCAAAUGGUAUUUCACUCUUCAGGAGAUUGAAAAUGAUUGUCCAGGAGCUGAUAACUAGGGCAAUUUUUUGUUUUUUGGGUAGAGCUGCAGAUAAAAUACCUGUUUUAUCUUGUACAAUCUGGUUUCUUCAAAACAUUUUUUGUCUUGUUGAUUCAGAUAAUUUCUAGUUCAUUAAACAGGUCCUUCGUGUAGUUUGUGUGCAGUUGAUUGCAUUAAGCAGCGUCAAUUCAAUAUUUGCUUCUUUUGAA